UGCAGUCAAAGUGCAAAUCGUCCAUACGACGACGACGACAUUGAAACCACUGCUUCUUGCCAAAACUGCAACGUAUUUUUGCUAACAGACUUUAGGCAAGUGUCUUUCAAUCCAAUCAGAAUGAAUAGGUGACGGAGUAAGGAUGGUGUCUUGUUGAAGAAUUACGGACCACGUUGAAUAUUUAAUUAAAUCAAGCCAGAUCUUGCAGUUAAUGAUGUGAUGUAUAAACAGCAACUUUGCAUGAAACAACUGAGCCAGGAUUGAAACGAAUCCCACCGUUGAGGGUGCCCCAAUCGAGAUGGCAUUUCCACACGAUCUCGGCGCCUUCAUGACAAUCAUCUUGAUUCUCGGAGCAUCCCGCGUGUUACUCUCGCUCGUCUAUCUAGAUGAACGGUUACUAACUUCUGUACAGGAGCCAUACACUUUUCCGACAAAAUCACCGCUGGUGAAAAGGCACGAGGAUGAAAAGCGAACAGCCCUUGAAUCCGACCAAUCAGAAUCUAACGAGGAUAAUGAACGCGCCCUCAACGAGCUACGACAGAAAUUCAAUAAGGAUGAAGGUGUUGCUCCCCCGAUAAAAGAGAUCGACUUACAACUCCAGAAUAACGAGCAAAAAUCUGGCAAAUUCCUAAACCAUUCAGCUGCUAUGAAGAUUUCAGAAUUCCAAACGCGAUUGUCCAGGUUGAAAAGUACCGAGUUGCACAACGAAUUAAAGUUUUGGACGAAGGCUUCCAGUGAAACGUGCCCGAAUUUCGGACAGGAUUUGUAUCUUUUGUCGAUUGUAAACACUGAACCUUUGAGAGUAAAGCAACGUGACGCCAUCCGUGCGACCUGGGGCGCACUGAGGUCAGCAGACAGGGAAAAUAUCAAGUCAGUUUUCGUGGUCGGACACCAAACUUCCAAAGGAACAGCAGAGUCGCUGAAAACGAAGAUUCAGGAGGAAGAUGCCAGGUACAGUGACGUCAUCGGUGCUGACGUCAUCGAGCCUAAGAUGCUUACCACAGUUUCAACCAUGAGAAUCCUGGCUGAAUUUAAGUGGGUCCUGCUGAACUGCCCUCUUGUGAAAUAUAUCUUUAUAGGGCCAGACGAUCUUUUUGUGGACCUUGUGAAAAUGGUGAAACAUUUAAAAGAUCUAAAAGAGCCCAAAAAUCUCUACCUGGGCAGGGUGCGUAAGAACGGCAAACCCCAGCGAGACCCAAAGAUGGCAGACUACAUUGGUUUCGACGCCUAUCAGCCAGAAAGUUACCCAAAAUAUUGUGUAGGGGGAGCUGGUUUCGUGGUCUCUGCCAAGUUUGUGCUCAAUGCCUAUCUUAAAAGUGUUGUCAUGGCAACCAAGGCAAAAGUUUUCCACCUCGGUGACGUCUACCUUGGGAUGCUGGCUCUAAAUUUGAAGGUCUGGCCCAAGUACAAAGAUUCCUUCCUGAAACUCGGCGGAGACGCGGACUACUGUGACCUACGAGAUACCAUCACUCUUGGGGGAUUUGAUUCAGAUUAUCUCAUGAAGUCUGUUUGGAGCAAUCACAGCAAGGUUGUGUCGAAUUGUCCAAAUGCACUCCCUAAUGCCACAGAAAUAGAAAUAUGGACUGGCAAGAUAAACAACAAACAGUACUUUGACACUGUCUUUAAGCUGUUACAUAAUCCCAAGAAAGCGUGUUGGAAAAACCCUCAGACAAGUCGAGCGCCCUUUCUCCUCGGUUUAGUGAGUUCUAUGCCACGGAACUUUGAACUGCGCGCGGCGAUUCGUCAAACCUGGGCGGCGCCAGAUUACAUGAAAGAAACCAACUCCAAAACCCUCUUCAUCCUCGGUAAAUCACGUGGUAUGCCAGUUGCCACACAACGGGCCGUGGAUCAGGAGGCUCGCCUAAACCACGACAUCCUCCAGGCUGACUUUUUGGAAUCCUUCCACAACCUCACUCUCAAAGUCAUCCUCGGUCUUAAAUGGGUGUCAAACAAUUGCAAACAAGCCACCUUCAUAUACAAAGGGGACGACGACAUGCUGGUCAACUUCCAGCGAAUCACAGGGCAUCUCAGAUCCCUCCCUAGCAACCAAUCAGAGCGCCUGUUUCUUGGUCACAUGAUGGAGAACAGUCCCGUCGUCAGAAAGGAGUCCAAAUACCAAGUCCUUCGCUCUCAGUAUCCUUUCAAAUACUUCUUACCUUAUUUCUCCGGAGGGGGCUACAUCAUGUCUGCAGCUGCCGUAAGAGACAUGAAUAAAAUGACACUAACAACCAAACUCAUUCCCAUCGAUGAUGCUUACGCUGGAAUCCUAGCAUUUCGCAGCAAGAAGCGUAUUGACUUGAGCGACGCUUCCUCCAAACAGUUUAUUACGACUGGGAGUCUCAGAGACGCUUGUUACCUACGAGAGGCCUUCAAUCUUCAUGGCUUCAAAAACACUUCGGUCAUGAAGAAAACAUGGAAAGACUUUAGGGAUCCAUCCAAACAAUGCGAAGACCCCAAAGAGCAAGUCCAUCGUAAACAUGUAUAAUUUCGGAUAAUUAGAAUGAAACCCUUCCCUGAUCAUUUUUGUAUACAUGUACACGUUUACAUGUAAUAUCCCUCUUUCUCGAGGCAAGGAAGUUGCAACCUUUUUUCGAGAAACAAAUUUUUCAUUCGGUACCCCAGUGGUCCGUAUUUCGACAAGACAAUGAAUCCUUUAAAUUUGUUGUACAGUAGUUAUUUGCACAAAAUGAUUUCAAAUACGUUUUAUAACCAAAUUGAAAUGUUUCUA